AUGGGCACAAAAUCUCUCAGUGUUCUUGGCAACGAUGGGGCUGGCAAGAAAGCCCUGAUCGGCAGCCUCAUUUACAAGUGCGGGCUUGAGCUUCCCCAACUGGAGCAGCUGGAAAGUGAGGGGAUUAGUCAGUAUGAGAAAAUUGUACCAUUCUUCGAGAAAAAUGGACGUGCUCAAUCCUUUUAUGCCCCUUCUGGAACCUUUACUGUUCAGAAAAGCCAGGCACCCGAUGUUGCUUUCUGGGUUGUCGAUGCUUCCGAUUCAUCUAGCUGGGGUCCAUCUGCCGAGAAACUCUCAGUUACGUUGUCCAGUAGUAUGGUCAACCCACGAGAGAAACUCAUGAUAGUAGUAAACAAGAUGGACUCAGUCAAUUGGUCUGAGCAGACGUUCAAAGAGGUUGUGGGCGCAUUCAGUUCGGUCAAUAUGAAUAAUCGUGCUUAUAUCAUUCCGGUUUCUGCCCUUCGAGAAGGAGGAAACAUACUCCCAACCCCCAAAGCGCCCUCAUGGGUACAGAACUUAUCUACUGACCAGUUUGGGGGAUCCGCGUCAGUCUCGGGUGAAUCGUUGAUGAAUCUUCUUGGGUGA